UGAGCCCGGGAGGGAGAAAGGAGCUGGGGGCCGGGCGCGCCCCGCAGGGCUCGCGGGGAUGUUCGAGGAGGAGCCCCAGGCCGACGGGGCCGCGGUGGUCGCCGCGGCCGGGGAGGCGCUGCAGGCCCUGUGCCAGGAGCUGAACCUGGACGAGGGGAGCGCGGCCGAAGCCCUGGACGACUUCACCGCCAUCCGAGGCAACUACAGCCUAGAGGGAGAAGUUAUGCAUUGGUUGGCAUGUUCAUUAUAUGUUGCGUGCCGCAAAAGCAUCAUUCCCACAGUUGGGAAGGGUAUAAUGGAAGGAAACUGUGUUUCACUUACCAGAAUACUACGUUCAGCUAAAUUAAGUUUAAUACAGUUUUUUAGUAAAAUGAAGAAGUGGAUGGACAUGUCAAAUCUGCCACAAGAAUUUCGUGAACGUAUAGAAAGGCUAGAGAGAAAUUUUGAAGUGUCUACUGUAAUUUUUAAAAAAUUUGAGCCAAUAUUUUUAGAUAUAUUUCAAAAUCCAUAUGAAGAGCUACCAAAGUUACCACGAAGUAGGAAGCAGAGGAGGAUUCCUUGCAGUGUUAAGGAUCUCUUUAAUUUCUGUUGGACACUCUUUGUUUAUACUAAGGGUAAUUUUCGUAUGAUUGGGGACGAUUUAGUAAACUCUUAUCAUUUACUUCUGUGCUGCUUGGAUCUGAUUUUUGCCAAUGCCAUUAUGUGCCCCAAUAGACGAGACUUGCUAAAUCCAUCUUUUAAAGGUUUACCAUCUGAUUUCCAUACUGCUGAUUUCCGGGCUUCUGAAGAGCCUCUCUGCAUUAUUGCUGUACUAUGUGAACUACAUGAUGGACUUUUAGUAGAAGCAAAAGGAAUAAAGGAGCACUACUUUAAACCAUACAUCUCAAAACUCUUUGAUAGGAAGAUUUUAAAAGGAGAAUGCCUCUUGGACCUUUCCAGUUUUACUGAUAAUAGCAAAGCAGUGAACAAAGAGUAUGAAGAAUAUGUUCUAACUGUUGGUGACUUUGAUGAGAGGAUCUUUUUGGGAGCAGAUGCAGAAGAGGAAAUUGGAACACCUCGAAAGUUCACUGGUGACACCCCAUUGGGGAAACUUUCAGCACAGGCUAAUGUGGAGUAUAACCUUCAACAGCAUUUUGAAAAAAAAAGAACAUUUGCACCUUCUACCCCACUGACAGGACGGCGAUAUUUACGAGAAAAAGAAGCCAUUAUUACUCCUGUUGCUUCAGCUACCCAAAGUGUGAGCCGUUUACAGAGUACUGUGGCUGGACUUAAAAAUGCACCAAGUGAACAACUUAUAAAUAUUUUUGAAUCUUGUAUGCGGAAUCCUAAAGAAAACAUUAUGAAAAUAGUAAAAGGAAUAGGAGAGACUUUCUGCCAACACUAUACUCAAUCAACAGAUGAACAGCCGGGAUCUCACAUAGACUUUGCUAUAAACAGACUAAAGCUGGCAGAAAUUUUGUAUUAUAAAAUGUUGGAGACUGUAAUGGUUCAGGAAACACGAAGACUUCAUGGAAUGGACAUGUCAGUUCUUUUAGAACAGGAUAUAUUUCAUCGUUCUUUGAUGGCUUGUUGUUUGGAAAUUGUGCUGUUUGCUUACAGCUCACCUCGUACUUUUCCUUGGAUUAUUGAAGUUCUCGAUUUGCAGCCAUUUUAUUUUUAUAAGGUUAUUGAGGUGGUGAUCCGCUCAGAGGAGGGACUCUCCAGGGACAUGGUAAAACACCUAAACAGCAUUGAAGAACAGAUUUUGGAGAGUUUAGCAUGGAGUCAUAAUUCUACACUAUGGGAGACUCUCCAGGCUUCUGCAAACAAAGUUCCUACCUGUGAAGAAGUUAUAUUCCCAAAUAACUUUGAAACAGGAAAUGGAGGAAAUGUACAAGGACAUCUUCCCAUGAUGCCAAUGUCUCCUAUAAUGCAUCCAAGAGUCAAGGAAGUUCGGACUGACAGUGGAAGUCUUCGAAGGGAUAUGCAACCAUUGUCUCCAAUUUCUGUCCAUGAACGGUACAGUUCUCCUACUGCAGGGAGUGCCAAGAGAAGACUUUUUGGAGAAGACCCCCCAAAGGAAAUGCUAAUGGACAAGAUUUUGACAGAAGGAACAAAAUUGAAAAUUGCUCCUUCUUCAAGCAUUACUACUGAAAAUAUAUCCAUAUCACCUGGGCAAACUCUUCUAACAAUGGCCACAGCCACAGUAACAGGGACAACGAAACAUAAAGUUACAAUUCCAUUGCACGGUGUUGCCAAUGAUGCUGGAGAAAUCACACUGAUACCUAUUUCCAUGAAUACAACUCGGGAGUCCAACAUUGAGAGUCCUGUAUCAUUUACUGCUCAGUCAUUAAUUGGUGCUUCUCCAAAACAUACCCAUCUGACUAAAGCACAAGAAGUUCAUAUGACUGGAAUAAGCAAACCAAAGAGGACUGGGUCCUUAGCACUGUUUUACAGAAAGGUUUAUCAUUUAGCAAGUGUACGCUUACGCGAUUUAUGUUUAAAACUGGAUGUUUCAAAUGAAUUACGAAGAAAGAUAUGGACAUGUUUUGAAUUCACCUUAGUUCACUGCCCUGAUUUGAUGAAAGAUAGGCAUUUGGACCAGCUCCUUCUUUGUGCCUUUUACAUCAUGGCGAAGGUAACAAAAGAAGAAAGAACUUUUCAAGAAAUAAUGAAAAGUUACAGGAAUCAGCCUCAAGCUAAUAGUCAUGUGUAUAGAAGUGUUCUUUUGAAAAGUGUUCCAAAAGAAGUGGCAUACAAUAAUAUAAAUGGUGAUUUUGAAAUGACAGAUGAUGAUUUGGAAAAUGCCACAAAAACACCUAACUGUCCCAGUGGACCASUGAAAGAGGAAAGAGGUGAUCUUAUCAAAUUUUACAAUACAAUAUAUGUAGGAAGAGUGAAGUCAUUUGCAUUGAAAUAUGACUUGUCAAAUCAGGACCAUGUGAUGGAUGCUCCACCACUCUCUCCUUUUCCACAUAUUAAGCAACAACCUGGCUCACCACGCCGAAUUUCUCAGCAGCAUUCCAUUUAUGUUUCGCCACACAAGAAUGGGUCAGGCCUUACACCAAGGAGUGCUCUGCUGUAUAAGUUCAAUGGCAGUCCUUCUAAGAGUUUGAAAGACAUCAACAACAUGAUAAGGCAAGGUGACCAGAGAACCAAGAAGCGAGCAAUAGCCAUCAGUGGAGAUGCAGAAUCACCUGCCAAACGCCUCUGCCAAGAAAAUGAUGAUGUUUUACUCAAACGACUGCAGGAUGUUGUCAGUGAAAGAGCAAACCACUAGCAGUGUUCCUGUUACUGAUGAAAGCACUUUUCAGGUUGUUUUGCAGGAAGUUGGGGCUUUCUGCCUUGUAAAUGGUAAAUAUCACUGGAUUCCAUGAAAAAUUGCACCAAAAUUAAGUGCUUUUUAACAAGUUUUUUUCCAGAACGUUGACAGGUAUAUUUUGAGUUGGAUUGGAAAGGAAUGUUUUAAGUGCCUUGUUACAUAUUAAUAGUC